AUGGCGGCGCUGCUGGUGCUGCCCGUGCUGCUGGGCCUGGCGGGGCGCCCCGCGGCGCAGGACGAGGCGCCCGGCUCGCUGCGCGUGGCCGCCGCGGAGGUGACGGUGCCGCGGCGCCUGAGCCCCCGCGCCGGCCACGACCCCCUGGCCCUCUCCUACCGCCUGGAGGUGGAGGGCAGGGUGCGAGUGCUGCAGCUGCGGCCGCGCAGGGGGCUGGUGUCGCCCUCCUUCACCUUGGUCACCUAUGGGGAGGACGGGACGCGCUGGGACGACCAGCCCUUUGUGCCGCAGGACUGCUUCUUCCAGGGCGAGGUGCAGGGCAGCCCCGGCUCCCUGGUGGCCCUCAGCACCUGCUGGGGAGGCCUCCAAGGGGUGCUGUGGGUGGAGGGCAGAACCUACGAGAUCGAGCCCGUCCCUGACGAUCCAGCCUUCCGGCAUGUCCUCUACCGCAUGGAGGAGGCCACUGAUGCCGCGGGCCCCACCUGCGGCCUCACUGAGCAGGAGCUGCAGCACCAGAAGACCUUGCUGCCUUGGCUGCGGGCUGCACGGGUGCAGGAGGAGGAGGACACGCUGAAGGGCUGGUGGACACACAUCAGGUACGCGAAGCUUGUGGUGAUCGUAGACCACGUGCGUUUUCUGAGGUCGGGUGCGAAUGAAUCUGAAGUCUUCAAGCUAGUCAUGAACGUCAUCAACAUCGGGGACUCUCUCUAUGAUCAGCUUUCUGUCCAGCUUUAUCUUCUGGGGCUAGAGAUCUGGACCAAAGGUAAUUUCAUAAAUAUUACUAAUUCUGUAGGCAAGGUGCUUGCAGACUUCAACAAAUGGAGAAGGACCAAUCUGACCCAACGGAUACACCAUGAUAGUGCUCACUUGUUUGCAUAUCAGAGCUUUGGAAAGACCUUGGGAUUGGCAUAUCUGGGGGCCAUAUGUGACGAGCACUGGUCAUCAGCCGUUGAGUCCUUCACUAAGAGGAAACUGUCUACAGUUAUUGUCACAUUUGCCCAUGAGCUGGGACAUCUUCUUGGGAUGCAGCAUGAUGAUCGAAGCUGCAAAUGUAGACGUAAGAAAUGUAUUAUGUAUGAAAGUGAAGCUAACACCGAUUCAUUCAGUGACUGCAGUUACAGAAACUACUUUGACUUGCUUGGGACUACUGGAGGCUGCUUGCGUCAACCACCAGCGCCUGGCACUUUCUACACCCUGCAGCAUAAAUAUUGUGGGAAUGAGAUAGUAGAAGACGGAGAGCAGUGUGACUGUGGCUCAGAAUUAAACUGCAGAAGAGACCCAUGUUGCCACCCAAACUGCACGCUGACUCAAGGUUCAGUUUGUGCCUCUGGAGAAUGCUGCAAGAGCUGCCAGCUCCUUCCAGCAGGAACUCUCUGCAGAACGAAGACCGACGUCUGCGACCUGCCCGAGUACUGCAACGGGAGCUCCCCCCGGUGCCAGCCAGAUGUGUACGUGCAAGAUGGAGCCCCGUGCAAGGACGGUUCCCAUUGCUAUCGAGGGAAAUGUUCCUCCCACAGCAAACAAUGCAAGAAUCUCUUUGGCAGAAGAGCCAAGGCUGCUCCUACGGCUUGCUUCAGAAUGCUAAAUACUCAAGGUGACCGUUUUGGAAAUUGUGGCAUUCAAGACAAUAUUCGAUACACAAAAUGCAAAACUGAGAAUAUCCUAUGUGGUAGGGUCCAGUGUGAAAACAUAUACAAAUUGCCAUAUUUGCGCAACCACAUAACCAUAAUCCAAACCCCUGUUGGAGAUAAGAAGUGCUGGGGUAUCGACUAUCACGUAGGGAUGCCUAUGGGUGACAUGGGGGCCGUGGAUGAUGGCACGCCGUGCGGGAAAGACAGGCUCUGUAUCAACAGGACGUGCACCAACGUGACCGUGCUGAACUACGACUGUAAUGUGACCAAGUGCCACAACAGAGGCGUGUGCAACAACCGUAAGAACUGUCACUGCGAGUACGGCUGGGCCCCUCCGUUCUGCGAGCUGGAGGGGCUCGGGGGGAGCAUCGACAGCGGACCCCCUCCGGCCAGGCAGGUUUUCCUCAGAGCGAAAAUUGGAAUAGCAGUCCUUGGGGUUGUUGUUCUCUGUAUCCUCCUAGCUACUCUUAUCAUAUGUUAUAAACGGCAAAUAGCAGCGUUGUUUAGGAGGUUAGCUCGAUUCCACAGGAAAGGACCGGCAGUUGCUCCAGAUGCUGGAAAUCCCAGUUCCUGACAGAGAACACCUGACACGAGCCCAAGUCCACACAGAGCACCUACUGACAGGUCAGCGAGCUGCAGCUUGGGACGCCCAAGAAGGAGUUGCCAGCAGCACUUGAGCCAAGGGCUGCUGUUCCACCAGAACAAUCGAACACAUUCUGAUUGCUGUCAUCUCAUGAAAUGUUAUCAAACUCAGAAUAUCUGUUAUCUUUGUGCUAAGA